UAGGCAAACGGUGAAGAACAGGGACGACAUAACUUAAAAAAGAAGCAUCUUGUUAGCGGGAAAGUUGCACCGACGUGGACAUGAGCAGGAUGGGAGACGCAAGAGGCAUCAGCCCCAUGAGGAUGACGGGGAAUGUUGCUGAAAGCUGGCAAAUGUGGAGAAGCUGAUUUGAAAAUUAUCUGAAGGCGUCGGAAGUGUCAAAGAAGCCACAAGAAACUCAAUGUGCACAACUCUUGCACUAUAUAGGUAAAGAAAGUUUCAAGAUAUACAAAACCUUCACCCUAUCGGAAGAUGAGAAAGAUAAAUUAUCAGUACUUCUGGAGAAGUACGAAGCACAUUUCCUUCCCAAGGAGAAUCUCUCGUACGAAAGAUACGUGUUCUUCAUGCUGAGACAGAAGCAAGGGCAGUCGCUAGAGCAGUUCGUCGUAGAAUUAACGGAACAAGCUCAAAGAUGUAAGCUGGGAGACCUACAGAACAGCCUAAUCAAAUGCAUGAUCAUCUGUGGAGUCCAAAGCAACGAAAUAAGGGAAAAGCUGCUGCAGGAUGACUCGCUGACCCUAGAGGAGGCCAUACACAAAUGCAAAGUGUUGGAGAAAGCCAAGGUUCAAAGCAAGGAAAUGGAAGCUGUCGGAGAAACGUCGGGAGCUGUAAAUACAAUAAAAACUCAAAAAGCGAAAGGUCAAAAACAGGAGGUGAAAGGUAAAAGUGUCUACAAGAACAAAGAUAAAAUAAUUAAUAACUGCACGAGGUGCAGCAAAAGUCAUAAGUUAAAUAACUGUCCGGCGUACGGUAAAGUAUGUGGAAAAUGUAAUAAAAAAAAUCAUUUUGCAGUAGUCUGUAAAGAAAAUAAUAAAAAAGUAAAUGAAAUUGAACAGAAAGAGGAAAAGGUAGACACUCUUACAACUCACAACAAAAGAGAAUAUCUAUUUAUAGGAGCGAUUAACGGAGAACGCGUGGUACACAGAGUUAGAAAUUAAUAACGAUAAAAU